AAAACGACACUGGGCGCGAGGAAGGGAGACGGGUCCCGGCGCCAUCUUGUUUGUUUUAGUCGGUUCCGCGGAGGAGGGGCUCCGCGUAGGCAGCCUGAAAAAAUACGGUCGUAAUAAAGGAGGGAAAAAUAAACAGAAAACAGGAGUUAAAGCGGUUUGGCAGUCCGCCUGGCUGUGAGCAGCAGCUGGGACGAUGUUCUACGCCCACUUUGUCCUCAGCAAACGUGGGCCGCUGGCCAAAAUUUGGUUGGCUGCCCACUGGGAUAAGAAGCUGACCAAGGCUCAUGUGUUUGAGUGCAACCUGGAAAGCAGCGUCGAGAGCAUAAUCUCCCCGAAGGUGAAGAUGGCCUUGCGCACUUCAGGCCACCUGCUCCUUGGUGUGGUCAGAAUCUACCACAGGAAAGCCAAAUACUUGCUGGCAGACUGUAAUGAAGCAUUCAUCAAAAUCAAGAUGGCCUUCCGCCCAGGGGUUGUGGACUUGCCAGAGGAGAACCGUGAGGCUGCGUACAAUGCCAUCACGCUUCCUGAGGAGUUCCACGACUUUGAUCAGCCACUGCCAGACCUGGAUGACAUUGACAUGGCUCCGCAGCUGAACCAGAGUCGAGUUGAAGAGAUCACUAUGAGGGAGGAGGUUGCAAAUCUCAGUCUCCUUCAGGAUAACGACUUUGGUAACUUUGGUAUGGAUGACCGGGAGAUGAUAAUGCGUGAAGAGAAUGCAUUUGAUGUGGACAUCAUCCAUGGGCCUUCGACCUCUACUGUCCUUCUGCUGGAGGCAGAGACAAGUGCAGGGCAAAUGGCAGAGAAGUCCAGUCACCUGACCUAUGAUGACCAGUACAAGGAUGACUUUGGAGACAACCCCAUGGAGAGCAGUGAUGGAGGCAUGCUGGUGGAUAAACUCUUGAGCAAUGAUGAUGGUGGAGGCAUUUUCACAGACAGUGUGAUGAUGCCUCAGGACCAUGGUGGAGAUGAUGAUGAUGACUUUGACAAUGUUUCUGACGGGGUUCCUGACAGCCCAGACUCAGGGCCAGCGCACCCCCAGCCUGUGAUGGCAGACCAGUCUGAUCAGACUGAGCAGACCACCCUGGUACACAAUGAGGAGGAGGCCUUUGCAUUGGAGCCCAUAGACAUCACUGUCAAAGAAACCAAGGCAAAAAGGAAGAGGAAGCUGAUAGUGGACAGUGUGAAGGAACUGGACAGCAAGACCAUUCGUGCCCAGCUGAGCGACUAUUCCGACAUUGUCACCACACUGGAUUUGGCCCCACCUACAAAGAAGCUGAUGAUGUGGAAGGAGACAGGCGGCGUGGAGAAGCUCUUCUCACUGCCUGCUCAGCCCCUGUGGAACAGCAGGCUGCUCAAGGUGUUCACACGUUGCCUGACUCCACUGGUGCCAGAUGACCUGCGCAAGAGACGAAAGGGGGGUGAAGCAGACAGCCUAGACGAAUUUCUGAAGGACCUGGAGAACCCUGAGGUUCCCCGAGAAGAGGCACAGCUUCAUCAGAGAGAUGUCAUUGACCAGACUAUCUUGGAGGAGCCCAGCAUGCUGCUGCAGGUGUCGGCCAUGGAAGGCAGCAGGACCACCCUGGACGAGUCUGUCAUGCCCCCUCCCUCGACGCAACGUGCCGUGAAGCGCAAGUCCAAGAACACGGAGCCUUCAUUACCCAUGGGGACGCUAGAGAAACAGCAAGUGUCGCAGCAGCUUGACCUCCCUCAAGUGGAGCUCCCGCCAGAAGAGACGGCCAGUCUGGCUCAGCUUAUCCCAGAACUGGACCUGCUAGGAGAGAAGGGCAAAGAGAAGAACAAGGAUGAUGAGGAAGAGGAGGAGGAGGAGGGGCAGGGUGGAGACCAGGAUCAGGAGGAGAGGAGGUGGAACAAGAGGACACAACAAAUGCUCCAUGCCCUUCAGAGAGUCAUAUCCAAGACAGGAGUUCAAUCCAUCAGCCUCAUGGAUCUCUGCAGGAGCAACAACAAGAAGCAGGCAGCUGCCAAGUUCUACAGCUUCCUGGUGCUGAAGAAGCAGCAGGCCAUUGAGGUUACUCAAGCUGCACCGUACAGCGACAUCAUUGCAGCACCAGGGCCAAGAUUUCUCCUUAUAUAAAAACUUACUCAGAUAAACAAGAAAACGCCACCUAUAUAUCAUUUAGAGACUGAGCAAUUUUUAUCCUUAAAACUUUUGUUGGUUGUGUUUCACAAUUUUUCAUGCUUAUUUUAUUUGUUCAUCACAAGAAUUUUCUUUAAAAAAAAAAAAAAUAUUGGCAAAAGCAAUUUUUACUUUAGGGUGCAUAGCACUGAAUAUUAUUACACUCUGAAACCAUCGCUUAUUGAUAUCAAUAUUUCAAAGAACUGCAGAUUGACUGUUUAAACAAUGUUUAAACAUUUUAUAUAAGUUUUACUUAAUUUUAUCAGAGUUUUUAAAAUUGCCUUAUUGAGUUGUUCCCUGCUUUUCCUACUUGGCCUAAAGAUGUUUGCAGUAUCAAUACGUACCCAGGUAAAGCACCCAGGUUUAAAAAAGAUUAUUGGAAGGAAGAUAAUUUUCUUCGUAUAUUUGCUUUUUAGUUAAUGGCUCCCCGUCAUGUUUCCUUAAACUUUUAUUGUAUUUUCUUACAUUUAAAACGGUAAAUUCCCGUUGUGUUUGCACUUAUUAUAUGUACCCGUUUUCAGUACGACUGUUUGUAAAUUUGCUUCAACUUAAGUCAUGUUUAUAGGCAAACUUUGUAUGCCUGUACAUCUGAAAAAAAUUGAUUUCAAAAUUGUAGAUAAUGCUACUGUUGGACACUGAUAUCAUGUUGUUGCAAUAGAUUGUAAGAUUUGUUUAGUUAAAAUAUAGCAGCUGUUAUACAUAACU